GAAAUGAAAAUACACAAACCAUCAAACCCAAUGGAUUUCUUUCAUUCAAAGCUCACCAAUUUCAACGUUCUGUUUCUCUUAUUGCUUCUCUCCUUCACUUCUACCCAAACUGAAGCUUACCAUUCAAAAGAUAGGAGUGGAAACAUUACAGUGAAAUGGGAUGUAAUACAAUGGACCCCAGACGGCUAUGUGGCCGUCGUAUCCAUCUACAACUUCCAGCAUCACCGUCAAAUCCAGAAGCCGGGAUGGACGCUUGGAUGGACAUGGCCCAGGAGGGAGGUAAUCUGGUCCAUGAUCGGGGCGCAGACUACUGAGCAGGGUGAUUGCUCCAAAUUCAAAGGGAACAUCCCACAUUCCUGCAAAAUCGAUCCACAGGUAGUGGAUUUACUACCGACGACGCCUUAUAACAUGCAAGUUGCAAAUUGCUGCAAAGGAGGUGUACUUGAUUCAUGGGACCAUGAUCCAGCGAAUGCGCUGAGUGCAUUCCAGAUUUCAGUUGGUGCCGAGGGGACCACAAACACGACGGUGCGACUUCCACAGAGCUUCACGAUCAUGGCGCCGGGACCUGGAUACAAAUGUGGACCAGCAAAGAGUGCGAAACCGAGCCGAUUUAUAUCAGCUGAUGGCAGAAGAUUCACUCAAGCUUUGAUGACAUGGAAUGUUAUCUGUACCUUCCGUGGCCCACCUUCGAACUAGGGAGACAGAGAAACCAACGGCUCAUAUCUGUGUGCACUCCUGAAGUGGGUGUUGGGCCUUUAAUGUAAGAGAUUGCUAAACUUGAAUAAAAGAUUGUGGCUAUUGUUA